UCCCUGCCCCAUGGCUAUUGAUUGCCACCACGCACCCACGCACAUGGAGAACCCACUCCCGCAGCAACAGUAGAUAAUUUAGCGUUUUCCCUCUCUCCCUCCCAUGCCUUGCUUGUGCUUGUCUAGGUUCGGUCUACUCCAAAUCUCUUCAAUGGUCACUCUUCCCCAGAUUCAAUUCCUUUCUUUUUAAAUCCCCUCACAUUCCCACGCCUCGUAUCGCGUGUCACUCUCUUUUUCCUCUCUCACCUCGUCUCACCCCCCUCUACAACACUGUUGCUGUUGUAGUUGUCUUAUCCUCCCUCCCUCCCGAUUAUGUCUAAACACGACUCGGCCAGCACAAGCACUGGAGUCAUGGACCCCGUCGCAGAGCAGAAGCCUCGUCGAGGCUCAAAGGCCUCGCUCGGAAACACUGAGGGUGCUGAUCAGCUCCUCGAGAACCUCGGCUACAAGGCUGAGCUGUCGCGUAACCGCUCUACCUUCCAGGUCGCCUUCAUGUCCUUCGUCCUCGCAUCCAUUCCCUACGGUCUCGCUACGACCCUGGUUUAUCCUCUGAUUGGAGGCGGUCCCGUCAACGUCAUCUGGGGCUGGCUCGCCGUCUCCCUCAUCAUUGUCUGUGUUGCUUGCUCUCUCGGUGAAAUCACCAGUGUCUAUCCUACCGCUGGAGGUGUUUACUACCAGGCCUUUAUGCUUUCUCCUCCUCGAUGGCGUCGCAUUGCUAGCUGGAUUUGUGGCUGGCUCUAUAUCGUUGGAAACAUCACCAUCACUCUCGCCGUGAACUUCGGUACCGCCCUCUUCAUCGUCGGCUGUGUCAAUGUCUUCGAGAAAAGCCCUGGCGUUGGUGUCAUGUCUGGAGAGCCUUACCAGGUCUUCCUUGUCUUCCUUGGCCUGACUCUCCUGUGCAAUGCUGUCUCUGCGCUCGGUAACAAGUGGCUUCCCUGGAUUGAUACCGCCGCUAUCUUCUGGACCUUCGCUGGUCUCAUCGCUAUCAUCGCCACUAUCCUUGCUAUUGCUAAGAACGGACGUCGUGAUGCUAACUGGGUCUUUACACACUUCGAGGACAACUCCGGCUGGCCCAAGGGAUGGUCUUUCUGCGUCGGUCUCCUCCACGCUGCUUAUGCUACUUCUUCUACUGGAAUGAUUAUCUCCAUGUGCGAGGAGGUUCAGAACCCUCAGGUCCAGGUCCCCAAGGCCAUGGUCGCUACCAUCUUCAUCAACACCUUCGCCGGUCUUCUCUUCCUCAUCCCUCUCAUGUUCGUCAUGCCCGAGAUCCAGGACGUCAUCGUCUCCGCCCAACCCGUGCCUCUCAUCAUCAAGAGCGCUGUUGGCAGCUCCGGCGGUGCCUUCGGUCUUCUCAUUCCUCUCAUCGUUCUCGCCAUUAUUUGCGGUAUUGGCUGCACAACUGCCAGUUCUCGAUGCGCUUGGGCUUUCGCUCGUGAUGGUGCCAUUCCCGGUGCCAGGAUGUGGUCCAAGGUCAACACCUCUCUCGAUGUUCCCCUGAACGCUAUGAUGCUUUGCAUGGUUAUUGAGAUCAUCCUCGGUGUUAUCUACUUCGGAUCCUCCGCCGCCUUCAACGCUUUCUCCGGUGUCGGUGUCAUUUGCUUGACUGCUUCUUACGCCACUCCUAUUGCUAUCAGUCUUGCUACUGGUCGCAAGCAGGUCAAGACUGGCCAGUUCUACCUCGGAAAGUUUGGUGCUGUUGCCAACUGGAUCGCUCUCGCCUGGUCUCUGUUGGCUAUGCCCCUCUUCUGCAUGCCCUCCGCCAUCCCCGUUACCGCCGAAACCGUCAAUUACGCCCCCGUUGUCUUCGUCUUUGCUUGCAUGGUUUCUGGUAUCUGGUACUGGGUCUGGGGUCACAAGAACUAUGCUGGUCCUCCUACCCACGAGGACUAAGCUGUUGAAGCAAGCAGGAUCUAGAUGCUUGACAGUGCAGUGCGCUUCGCUUCGUUUGACAUUUCAUAUCAAUAUCAGUCAGUAUAUAUGUGCGACAGUUUAAUUCGUGCCUAUGCUUGCCAGCGCGAUGUGCUUGAUACCCCGCCCGGCCUGUACUCAAGGCCUGUGAUGCUCUUGGUAUUAGCUAGAAGAUAUCCAUAAUUCAAUAUUGUUAAGCUUCAA